ACUGCGUACUAAUGAUGGGUUACGGUUGAUAGUAUGCGUUUUAUACCGUUGUAUAAUAUUAUAGACGCCCCGUCCGUAUCCAAUACCGUAUUCCACGCGAUCGUCUAAAAUACACCACACUUACGCGCGAUAGGAGCCUUGAAAUUUUCGACCGAAGAAUCGGUUCGCGUAUUGUGCGCCGACCGCGGCCAGUAGUAGUAAGUUGGUCGGUCGGUCGGUCGGUCAGUGCGCCAAAAAUUUGAGCAGGUUGUCUGUCUGGCGACACACAGGUUGGAAGAUCAGAGAAAAGAAAAAAUUGCAACCGAGUACUAGACACUGGCCAAAGGUCGCUGCGCAGUGCCCACUCGUUCUACUCCGAAUAUAGUUUAACGUCGUCGCAGAUUAUUCCAUUUGGUACGUGACACAAUAAGCAAAUUCAACACAUUUAUAGAAUUCCGUCAUUAACGCAUCCUACUCGGAAGCCACUGCGACUUGUGUUUGGAGGCAACGACUAUUCAGUGGUGGCCACGGCGAUAUUCUAUUGAUAUUAUGGGAGCACCGACGACGCUUACCGUUAUUGGUAUCAUUUUUUUGUUGUUUGGCGUUUUCGUCGGAUGGUUCGCUUUCCCGAAGAUGUUAAACAACAAAAUAUUGGAGAGUAAAUCAUUAAAUCCGAGAUCAACUAUGCGUCAGAUGUGGUCACAUCCUCCAAUAUCCGCAGAUUUUAAAAUUUAUUUGUUCAACGUAACUAAUCCUGUAGAAGCUCAAAAGGGUGAAAAAGUCAUAAUUAAAGAAGUCGGGCCUUAUGUUUAUCACGAAUGGAAAGAAAAAGAAAAUUUAAUCGAUGAUAUAGAUGCAGACACGGUGGAGUUUAGUUUCAAAAACACUUUUGUGUUUGACGAAAUGUCGACGCUACCAUUAACCGGAGAUGAAAUUAUAGUUAUGCCUCAUUUGGCUAUGAUAGGAAUGGUAACAAUGACUAAGAUGAUGAAACCAGCUGCACUGGGUUUGGUAAAUAAAGCAAUUCCUUACUUGUAUCCAGAUCAAACUAGUGCAUUUAUGACGGGAACCGCUAAUGACAUCAUGUGGAAUGGAUUGGAUAUAAAUUGCACGUCCGAGGAGUUUGCAUCCGUUGCUAUUUGUUCACAGAUAAGACUAAAUUCAGAGAGCUUACACAAAAUCAGCAAGAAUCAUUUCAAAUUUUCAUUAUUCGGAGUGAAAAACGGAACCGUCGAGAGCAACCGUUACACAGUGAAACGCGGCUACACUUCGCCAGCGACGGAAGUAGGUCAGGUGAUCCGAUUCAACGACAAACACAAAAUGGAUGUGUGGCCCGGCGAGGAGUGCAACAAGAUAUACGGGACGGACACCACGAUAUUUCAACCGUUCAUCACGAAGGACACCAACCUGGCCAGCUUCAGCGGUGAUGUUUGCCGAUCAUUGACUCCAGAUUAUGUACAAGAAACAAAAUAUAAUGGAUUAAAUGUAUUUGAAUAUUCGGCCAUGUUAGUAAAACCGGAGGAAAAAUGUUACUGUUUGAAUCAAAAAAAAUGUUUGAAACCUGGAGCAUUAGAUUUGACAAACUGUUCAGGGGCUCCUAUAAUUGCAACUCUUCCUCAUUUUUAUAAAUCGGAAGAUUAUUUGAACAAUGUUGAUGGACUAAGGCCCGAAGUUGAAAAACAUAGGAUUCAAAUGUAUUUUGAACCAAUGACUGGUACUCCAUUAUUGGGUUACAAGCGUUUGCAGUUCAAUAUUUUUUUGAAGAAAGAAUCAAAAAUAAACGUUAUGAAAACGCUUAACGAAGAUGAGAAACUAAUACCACUGUUUUGGGUUGAAGAGGGAAUUGCUUUGAAUAAGACGUGGACUAAUCAAAUAAAAAAUAAACUAUACUUGCCAAUUACUAUCAUGAAAUACGUUAAAUACAUAUUUGUGGUUUUUGGUAUUGUUUUCAUCAUAUUGGCAGUGGUCGUCAACUACAAUAGUGUUAAAACAAUGGAAAUCACACCAAAAUAUUAGAAUUCAAUGAUCGCAAAAAAAAAAAAAUUUAAAAAUACUUUAUUUUAAGUUAGACCUCACAGAAGUAAACAUGAUUUUGUUGUUGUAUAAUAUUAUGAAUAGAUACCGGUGUUCACUUUGUAAAUAUAUUUUUAGUCUCGUGAUUUUAGAGUAAUAAAUUAAUAAUGUUCUAAUAACAAUCAACUA